CUCCUCUUCAAUUCAAGCCCUUCUCUUCUUCCCAUCACCACACACAAUACCAACAAACCACCAACCUCAACAUAACCAACUCAAUUAUCUUUUUCUUUUAAAACAAGAAAACUAUAUAAAUCAACAAUGGAUACCAUCAAGAACACCGUUAACCAAGCUACCGAGAAGGUCCAGGAGGGUAUCUCUGGCACCAGCAAGGAGGCUAACAAGGAGGUUGCCAAGGACUCCAACGCCGGCGUUGGCACUCGUGCCUCCGCUGCCAAAGAUGCAGUUAGCGACAAGAUCGAUGAGAGCACCCAUGGAGCUAAGGGAGAGGCCUACAAGCAGAACCCAUAGAUGCCUCUUAACUGAGAAGUGAGGAAGAUAUGACACUGCGGGGGACUCGGGCCAUAUCUCGUUCAUGAGACUUCCCGUACCCUCCAUAUUGAGCACUUAGAUACCCAAGUUCGGUAGCUCUUCAAUCAAUCUAUUGCACACA